CAAGAGUAUUAGAAGAUAUGUGGAGAGCAGGAAACAAAGAAUUGGUAACUAGGACAGGUUUAUUGUCGUUGAAGAAAACAAGGCCAGUCUUGUCCAUUUUCUGUCGACUGAAAUGACGGUCACAACGUUAUGGGACGCAUCCUGGACGUGGCUGGUGGUCAGUGAAGGGUUCAGAGAAAUACUGAACGUGUGGUCAUCCGAUGCGUCUAGAGAGAGUCUGCAGGAGCCCUCUUCAGACCACGAGUUGUACUCCAUGACUCCAGACGCAACUGUUACAGGUCAUCAGCAGGUUAACGUGUUGUGCUGUGGCACAGAUGUUCUCGUCCUCCUUCUGGCGCACAGACAAGACUUCUGUCAAGAAAUUUGGAUGUUCUCCGGUACAUCCCGAACAAAGAGAUACAUUCUAGUCCACAAGAUCUCACUGCCCGAGGAGAACAGGAAGUCGCUGCUACCCUUUCUUGCCAUCACUGGUUGUGAUACAACCAGCCAGUUUGCGUUUAUCAGUAAGUUCACCACUUAAGUUAGACAAAAUUAAUUUUUCCGGUGUGACAUUUUGUGAAGAGUUUGAAGUUGCACUACCAAAAAAAGUUCUGCCAGUCAUUGCGAAUCACUUGAAAUCAGGCUUUUAUACAGUAAAUUGAAAGGCAAAAAGUGAGGAAAUUCAUUAAGUGUAUUCCACAGAAAUUUUCAACAGCAUUGAUGUUGUGGAAAUGACCCAUGGACAGCAUUCGAAAGGAUUCCUGCUAAGCCAAAGUAGAAAAAAACGUACAAUAGGAGAAGUUUUCUUUUGGGAAAUCCCAGUAUAAUAUUAAUAAGUACAUGUGUUUACAAAGUUAU